AUGGAUAGUUAUGAGGUAUUUAACGAGCAUGUGCGGGCACUGAAGGAUUCAUGUCUUCCGCCCACAACGACGUACAGAACAGUGUCCAGCGUAAAUGGCCCACUUGUUAUCAUGGAUAAUGUAAAGGCUCCAAAAUAUUCAGAAAUAGUUCAUUUAACCCUUCCAGAUGGAAGCAGAAGAACAGGGCAAGUUCUGGAGGUGUGCGGAAAGAAGGCCAUUGUGCAGGUGUUUGAGGGAACCUCAGGAAUAGAUGCAAAGCACACAUGUGCCGAGUUCACUGGAGAGACCAUGAAAAUGGCAGUGUCUGAGGACCUACUUGGAAGAACAUUCAACAGCAUAGGAGUGCCAAUUGAUGGAGGGCCAAAGAUAGUGGCAGAAGACUACUUGGACAUUCAGGGGCAGCCAAUUAACCCGUAUGCUAGAAUAUAUCCAGAGGAGAUGGUGCAGACAGGAAUUUCAGCAAUUGACGUGAUGAGCUCAGUCGCCAGGGGACAAAAAAUUCCCAUAUUCAGUGGAGCAGGGCUGCCGCACAAUGAAGUGGCAGCGCAAAUAUGCAGGCAGGCAGGGCUGGUAAACAACAAAAGCACAGUUGACAAGAGCAAGGACAACUUUUCGAUUGUGUUUGCUGCAAUGGGUGUGAAUGCUGAGACAGCAAGAUUCUUCAGAAAUGAGUUUGAGCAGAGCGGUGUGCUAGACCGAACAAUUCUGUACCUCAACCUGGCCAAUGACCCAACCAUUGAGCGAAUCAUCACUCCAAGGUUUGCACUGACAGCUGCAGAGUAUUUGGCAUACACCACCGGGAAGCACGUUCUUAUAAUCAUGACAGACAUGAGCUCGUACGCAGAUGCACUAAGAGAAGUAAGUGCUGCUAGAGAGGAAGUGCCUGGAAGAAGAGGAUAUCCAGGAUACAUGUACACCGACUUGUCUACGAUAUAUGAAAGAGCUGGGCGGAUAGCAGGAAUAGACGGGUCUAUCACCCAGAUACCAAUUCUCACUAUGCCGAACGAUGAUAUCACGCACCCAAUACCUGACUUGACAGGAUACAUCACAGAGGGGCAGAUAUAUAUCGAUCGAAACUUGCACAAUAGGCAAAUAUAUCCCCCUAUUAACGUGCUGCCAUCACUGUCUCGUCUUAUGAAGUCUGCUAUUGGCGAGAACAUGACGCGAGAUGACCACUCGGAUGUUUCCAGUCAGCUGUACUCCAAAUACGCAGUAGGAAAGGAAGCAAUGGCAAUGAAGUCAGUUGUUGGGGAGGAGUCUCUCUCUGUAGAAGACAAGCUGGUGAUUGAGUUUGUGGAUAACUUUGAGAAAGAGUUUAUUAGCCAAAGAAAGGAUGAGAACAGAACCAUCAAUGAGUCCCUAGACUUGGCAUGGCGCCUUCUCAGAAUAUUCCCAAAGGAGAUGCUAAACAGAAUACCAGACAGUAUACUUAACAAAUACUACAGCAUACAGACGACAGAGGACAAAAAGCAGCAGUCUGUGCAGGAAGAGGAAGAAGAGACUAGUUAUUGA